GUUGUCUCGAAGCCUUUUCUAUUGCGAGCUUUCUCCCCGAGGCUGUACUACCUUACUAGUGAGUCUGCACAUGUUCUCGUACCUGCGUAAUUUCCAAGCAAGCAAGACAAACUGAACAUAUGCAGCAGCGUCAGGGUCCUGUUAACGCGUACAUGAGGUGAGGUGCUGUGAUGGCUAUCUUUGGUAGCGACAGAAUUAGAUUUUGAAAGAGAUGCGAAGAAAGUAGACGAGGCCUUUGGCUUGGUGGAGGGAGAAGACAAGUAUAUAACUCAGUGAUGAGCCAUGUAGCUUUCCUCCAUCAUCAAACAGCAUCGACCAGGUCGAUAAUCUCCUCUUCAUUUCCGAUUUCUUUUUUUUUUCGGGUUCUUAUCUCCUUUGUCGAUUCCCUUUUUGCAUCUUGCAUUUGCAUUGGGCAAUUUCGGAGUCUGUCUUGCAAAUUUUUCUAUUUCUCAGAAUGUUUUUCCAACUCUUUUCUGGAGCAAUCCUUUCUGCUCUUUGGCUUGGGGAAGCUUCCGCAGCAGCAGUAACGCCACUGCGGCUUCGAGAGACCGGGAAGGUGGCUCCCAAGGCAUCGAUUGCACGGUCCGUCAACGAACUCAACCCCAUACCCUUCCCAUCUCGUUUGAGGAAGCGCAGCAACGGGGAUGAUGAUGGCGACUACAAGUUGCAGACGAGCGAAACCUGGUAUUGGAACAUGAACGGCUCUUCAACGCCCCUCGCGAAGGCCGAGUGCAAUUUCCAGAGCUCGAAUGGCACGCAACCCUGGAGCGGACGCACGGUACCGCUCGAGCGAUUGAUGAGCCAUAUCGACGACCUGCAAUGCUCGGACCACGGCAUCAGCUUGAAAUGGAAAGACGAACAGUCAUACGAUGCCGCGAAGACCAACUGGGACUGGGUCAACCAAGACGACGAGCGGUACAUCGCCAUGGUUACGAACUCGGCCGCUUGCGGCGGUCAUCGUCAGGUGUAUAAGGUGUACAAGUGCGAGACGGAUUCCGCAAGCCUCAGCAUGAGCAUGGACGCGAAGCCCGUGGACUUCAUUGAAGCGUUCCCUUUCAUGAAGUUUAGGCUCUCGACUACGGGCGUCCCGCAGGAUAAUGCUGCGCGGGGGAUCACGCUGGAGAAGCGCGCCACUGUGACCAUUCCAGCCGGUCACGACUUCAGCGGCACCAACAUCUUCACGCAGAACAUCGCCGACGGUCUCGAUGUCUCCUUGACAUGUGGCUCUUGCAUGACGACUGGCAACAUUGACAUUGACCUCGAGGUCAACGGCGACAUCACCAAGUUCCCACCCAUCGACGGAAGCAUCACCGUUACGCCUUCUGGCAUCUCAGCCACCGUUGGCCUUGAUCUCGUUGUUAGCGCCGAGCUCACAUCUGAAUUCGACAAGUCCAUCACUUUCCUCAACAUCCCGCUGAUCGAGAACCCACUCUCCGUCGCCGGCAUCGCCACCGUCGGGCCCUCCCUUAUGGUCAACAUGGACGCAAAAAUCGAAUCCGUAACCGCAGAAGUCGACCUCUCCCUCGGCUCUGUGACGCUCUCCAUCCCGGACGACUCCAAAGCCACGCUGGACUUCUUCGACAGCAGCAAGGACUCCACCACAGACUUCACCCCCCAAUUCACCACGACAGGUCCCUCCGUCAGCGCUGGCAUAUCCGCCUCCGCUAACUUCGGCCCGAAUAUCGUCCUCGGCUUGGACGUCGAAGCGCUCGGGGUGGGCCUCGCAGCUGGUCUCGCUCUCGCCGCCCCAACCCUCGACCUCACCGCCUCCUUCAACGAGAACGGCUGCGCAGGUGUCGACUUCGAAGCAGACCUGACCGCACAGCUCAACGCAUUCGGCGGCGCGGGCAAAAUCGCGGAUGUCGCUGCCGACAACACUAUCAGCCUUAUUGGGACCUCAACCCAGAUCUUCAGCAUUUGUCUUACCGUGCCGACCGACGCUGCGGCGACGAUGACUGCUGCUGCUGCCCCGGUUUCGACGCCGUUCGGCGGCAUCGUCGGCGCAACGCUGAGUGAUAUUGGAUGCCAGGCUGCGACCAACUCUAUGUCUGCUGCUGCGCCGGCGUUGUGUGCGGCAGAUGGGGGCGAUGCAUCAUUCACACAGACUUGCCCGGGUGUCGCGAACCAGUGCUGCAAUCUGGAUCAGGCUUGUGGGAUGGCUACGGAUUCGGAUGGUGUGUCGGGGCUUUGCUGCACUUGAGGAUCGCCUUCCUCUCCUUCAACAAAUGUCUUCUUUCUGUUUUUGCAUUGGCUGCAUAUUUCUUUAACCUUUGCACUUUGCAUAUAUUCCUCUUCGAUUCUUGCAUUCUCUUCAAUCCCGCUUUGGAUUUGUAUUUUCACGGAGUCAAGAGAGUUUUCUUUGACUGCUUAGGAGUACAACUUUCGGCAUAUAAGCAUAGGGCGAAUAC